ACUACUUUUCCAUGCCAUUAAUUCCAAAGGGAUCUCACCUCGAAGAUCGGUGACUUAGUGGGUUUUAGACACUCUAAAAUACCAUGGGCUGUACACACAGUUUGCCUUCCUCUGUUUUUGUUGUCAAGCAGUGCUGGAGACAUAAGUGUAGUGCUUGGGUCGGGCACGAAUCCUGCAGGCAGGGAAUGUGCCCCGGCAGUGUGUGAGCCUGAGCAGGGACAAUGCAGAGCAGCAAGCGAGGGGAUUCCUCUGGCACCGCGCAGGAGUCCGGACUCUGGGUCUGGGCUGCACAGGGCCAAGUUCCCGUGUUUGGACAGGCUCAGGGGCUGCCCCCGGGGCGCGCGGGGCUCGGCCGUGGAACGGACACGCGGACAAACGGCCCCGGGGCUUCGGCGGCAGCAGCAGCAGCGGCGGCAGCGACUUUUCGGAAUCUCCGAACUCUGCGACCCUCCUCAUAUCUCGUUCCUCCUCUCCCUCUUCCACAUUCCUGCACUCUCUCCUGGUGUCCCUUUCCCGGUCUCCCCAGCCCCUCUCGGUGUCCCCGUCUCGGCCUUUCCCUCUCCCCCUGCCAGGCCGGGCCAUGCCCCCGGCCCGCCCCCGGCCCCGGGCGGGGCUGCCCCGUUCCCGUCCCCGGGCGUCCCCCCGCGGUCUCGCCUGGGCCCGGCUCUGGCCGUGCUGGCGGUGGCGCUGUUGGGCCGGGAUCAGUGCCUGGGGCUGGGGCGGCAUCGCCACCCUUUGGCUGCGCCUGGGCCGGGCACGGCCUCGGCCCCGGUGCCGACCCCGAGCCCGGCGCCGCCUCCUCCCGGGCCCCGCGGAGGACACACGCGGCGCGGCCGCUCCCGCCGCCUCCGCUGCGGCUUCCCCGGCCCGAGCUCCGCCGCUCGGCAGCGCAGCCGCCGGCCCCGAACCGCCGGGGCCCGGCGCGGGUGGGGAUGCCCGGCCCGGGCCGCUCGGGGGGCGCUCGGGGGCCGUGUCUGGCCCCGGGCCGAGCGCUGACGGCCGCGUGUCGCCCGCAGGGAAGGCGCAGGAGGCCCUGCAGGACCGGUACCGGCUGGGUUCGCUGCUGGGGCGCGGAGGAUUCGGCAGCGUCUACUCGGGGACACGAGUGUCGGACGGCGCCCCGGUGGCCAUCAAAUGCGUGCCGCGGGAUCGCAUCCGGCUCUGGGGCGAGCUGCCCAACGGCGCCCGUGCGCCCCUGGAGAUCGUGCUGCUGGACAAGGUGUCCGCUGGCUGUGCUGGUGUCAUUCAGCUCCUGGAGUGGCUUGAGCUCCCCGACAGCUUCUUGUUGGUGCUGGAGCGUCCGGAGCGGUGCCAGGACCUGUCGGCUUUCCUGGCGGAGCGGAGAUUCCUGCCGGAGGAGGAGGCGCGGGCGCUGUUCCGCCAGGUGCUGGAGGCCGUGCGGCACUGCACCAGCUGCGGGGUCCUGCACAGGGACAUCAAGUCUGAGAACAUCCUGCUCGACCUGGCCACCAGAGAGCUCAAAUUGAUCGACUUUGGCUGUGGUGCCUUCCUCCAAGACACAGCCUACACCCAGUUUGCAGGUGAGCCCCCUCAGGGGAUGUUCCUGGGCAUCUCCUGGCCCAGCCUGGCUGUAGCACCGGGCCUUCCCCCUCUUGCUGCUGGGAGCAGCAUGAUGUCUUGA